AUGUACACCACCAAACCAACGGAAGCUCGUCAUUACAUUCAGUUCGAACAAGGUGAGGACCGUUGGCUGUGUACAUUAUUGUUACAACAAGGGCACCGGAUCGAUUAUUGUGCGGGCGCCGAUGCUCUCACGUUUGCUCCAGAGACAUUCCAGGAAUUUUUCAACCAGCGCCGUCGUUGUACAAGAAUAGACUGGUUCAAACAGAAAUACUCAGAGGAGGACAUUGCCCGUUUUGCAGUGCAGGAAGCCCAACGUUUGCAGACGAUGGAGCCGGCACCUGACUAUCAACAACCGCCGUCUGACGGUGAGUACGAAGAAUUUGAAGACUAUGACGAAACGAAUGUGUCAGAUAAAUUGGACAAACUAAACUUGUUUGCCGAACGUCCGCAACAAGGUUCACGCUUCUGGCAAGAGACUAGUCAUGUGCCUCCUUUGCAGCAGAUCUUUGAACGGAGGUUGGAUGCCCUAAAGAAGAAAUGGGAAAACGGUGUCCAGGCCGAAGUGGAUCGACCGUUCCAAAGAGUAGACAGUAAACGCCACUCUGAUAGAAAUAAACAACUGAGGCGUGAAAUGUAUAACAGAACAUUCCGGGGACAUCACAAAGAAAAUGCAUGCAGUAUUCCUAUACAGGAUACAUAA